GAUAAUACAUCGUUUGAUAUGGAAGAUAUUCGAAAAGAAUUUGAUAAAGUUAAAUCACCAACACCAAAAUUAAGAGAUAUCCUAGAAAAACAUCGUAGUCUUGAUAAUCAGCUCCAUGGCUCUAAAUCGGCUCAACGUAGCACAAGCUGA